AUGCGGAGUCGCAUACGAACGGUAAUGAAUGGGGAGGGACUUUAUAGGCGACCUUUUCAUAUACACGAGAAGAGCCGUACACAAGGAGAGAAACGAACCGAGGCUCUUACACGAUCGACGCAAAGGAAAAUAGCAGACUCUCUUCAACCCCGUCAGAGAACUUUACCCUGGCUGGCAUUGAACGAAGUGUUCAUGGGGGAAUUUUUGGCCUCGAGACCGAUAACGUUGGAAGUCGAGGUGGAAAACCAAGAGGCGUACCAAAUUCGCUGCUCGGGCAUCUGCGUUUGCACGGGCACUGGCUCCAGGUUCUGGUACAGAUCCAUAAACGUCCAGUCACCUGAGACGGUUCAGAGGAUCAUCGAGCUGGCCACCGGCAAGAAAUUAAGCCUCGAGGAAGCGAAUAAAUUAUUGAACGAAUACCAUCGCACUCUCAUCUACUCUGCAGAGGAGUUAAAAAUGACGUACAUGAUCCGCGAGAUGUAUCAUGCUACGCGCUGCAGCAGGCACAAGUGUUGCCUGGACAGGCAAAAGUGCAACAAGAUCACUGUGAAAUCCCAUGGCUUUGACGCUGGCCUGGUGAUAGACGGAGGCAUUUCUUUGCCCUUCAACGAUGGCACCAUUGCCACUUUCGACAUCAAGCCUGAGUAUUCCUUGAGAAAUAUCGUGCUCGCUUGA